GGCUUGGGUCAUAUCACUUUUCGUUUUCGUUUUUAACGAAACAUAUUUAUUCAAUCGUUCACUUGGUCAAUGGAAUAAUAUCUAUCUAACUAUAUUUUGACAGAAGAAGAGUGUUGUAAUAAUUUAAAUUAAUCGUUGAAAUAAAAUUUAGUAAUUGGUUAAUAAUAAAUUAAAAAAUUGUUACCGGUGUGCGUGUAGUGUAAGACACACAGAGGUUGUUUUGUAAUAUUACACUUGGAGGAACUUCAGAGUGUCCUAAAGAUCUGCCGGUAGAUGGAGUCUACCAUCGACAAGGAUGGCUGUCGGAAAACGCCUGCAGCAGAUGAACUGAAAGAAGUCACAGACAAAAGGAAGGGUCGUGGAGCAGUAGAAAGUGGCCUAACCCACGAAUGUGGCGUUUUUGGAGCAAUAGCAUGUGGCGAUUGGCCUACGCAGGUUGAUGUUGCCCAAGUGAUAGUACUAGGCCUGGUCGCCCUGCAGCACAGAGGCCAAGAAUCGGCAGGAAUCGUCACGAGCGAAGGAACUUGUGCCAAAAGUUUUAACAUUCACAAAGGAAUGGGUAUGAUUAGCAAUAUCUUUACAGAUGAAACUAUGAAAAAGUUGAAAGGCAACCUGGGAAUCGGACACACGAGAUAUUCGACAUCAGCAGCCAGUGAAGAAGUAAACUGCCAACCCUUUGUAGUACACACGAAUCACGGAAUCAUGGCCGUUGCUCACAAUGGAGAACUUGUCAAUUGUGAAAGCCUGAGACGAAUGGUUUUGGCUCGUGGUGUAGGUCUAUCAACCCAUUCCGAUUCCGAACUGAUAACCCAGGCGUUGUGUCUUUCGCCUCCUGAUGGUGCAGAAGCCGAAGGAUCAGGGCCUGAUUGGCCUGCACGAAUUAGGCAACUAAUGCGAUUAGCGCCCUUAUCUUAUUCCUUGGUGAUUGCAUUCAGGGAUAGAAUAUAUGGUGUCAGAGACCCUUAUGGUAAUCGACCCUUGUGCUUGGGGAAGAUUGUACCUAUAGGAGCUACAGGUGAUGUUAACGAUAUUCCUGCUGAUGGAUGGGUUAUAUCAAGCGAGAGUUGCGGAUUUUUGUCUAUAGGCGCACGUUAUGUCAGAGAGGUGAGACCUGGUGAAAUAGUAGAAAUAACCCGAGAACGAGGUCCAGUGACGUGCGGAACACCCGAACCUCGACCUCCAGGUCGAGGCUUAACACCAGUACCCCCAGCCUUUUGUAUUUUCGAAUACGUCUAUUUUGCAAGAUCCGACAGUC